UCUUACAGUUUGUUUAAACUUGCAAACCGCUAAUUUUUUAUGAACUUUAAAUCAUAUUAUCAACUGUUUAUAAGCUUAAUCUUCAAUAAUAAAUAAAUAAUUUAAUAUCUUGAAGAUGGAUUCUUUCCUGAAUAUCAGUAGAGGAGGAAAUACUUCAAUUCAGUGGGGCCAAUACAAUGUUUUAGGUGAAAGUGAUCAUCAUUUAUUGCAAGCACAUGGAUCUGUAUUACCGGUACUUUUGAUUGAAGCAAUUUCUUCUGAAGUCUCACCAUUCCAGUCAAUCAGUGUUAACAUUGUUAAAGAAGGAUGGGCCUGGUUAGUCUGUGGAAGAAGGCUUUUCGUUUGGAAAUAUGUUCAAACCAAGAAAUCAAGAAUUGAAAGCUUUGAAUUGCAGUUACCUGGAAGUGAUUUACUACAUAAAGCUGACUUAGUUUGUCUAGUAUCCUACAAGUCAACCCAUGUUCCAGGAAUAGUUGCUGUAUCACCAGAAGGAACUAUCCGAUAUUGGCCUUCUAUUGCCCAUGAUGGCCAUUUCAUCGAAACUGUUGCUGGUGACCUUCAGGGUCAAGAAUGUUUUUCAUUGACUGAUAUUGAACCUUUAGGAUAUAUCCUUGGAACCACUACAUCAUCAUUGUCACAUAUUUACAUUACAAGUAGCUCAAUCGUUUGCAGAACUCUUAAAAUACCUCAGGGUGUUCUUGCUGGAUUUGGACAACGAGUUACAUCUUUCAUAUUCGGAGCCUUGCCAUCUUCUAAUUCCAACGAAAACAAACCUUUAACUAAAAUAAUUAGAGAAAAAAGUAGUUCGGAUGAAGCUGUCAUUUUCGUCUUAGCCGGUACAUACCUACAGAAAUGGAGCUUAGUUGAUUUUCAAACCGAAAAGCUCAUUUGUGAAUAUGACUUGGAGAAAGCUAUCACGGACUCUUAUUUGUCAACCGUUUGGAACCCUGGUAAAACUCAUCCCAACCAAUUAAAAAUGUGGUUCAUUGACAUGGAACUUCAAGAAAAUCUUAUCUUAAUAUUGGUUGCUGCCCUGAAUCAAGACGUCUCACACAAAUUGUAUUAUGCUAUUGCCGUUAUCGAUGUUAUGAAUAUUUCAAGUAAUCAAGAAAAUCUAAAAAUUACUAAAUUCAGCGUUCUCCGAAGCCAUACUCCUAAUUAUUCCUCAAAUAACGAGGCCAAUUUAUUAUCAUUGAAAAUGAUUACCAACGUGGAAAGCUCUGAUGUAAUCUACAUUUAUGAUAAAACACGCAUUUUCUGUUGUCAAUAUAAUAAUGAUGUUAUUGAUCUCAUAUCUUUCACUAAUCGAGAAAGUCAAAUUCUUGGAGCAGGAGUUUUUGAGGGAAAUCCUCUUCUGUUUACCUCACGAGAUAACCUGGUUGCUGUCAAACCAAAAGAUAAUAUAAAUCAACUCAUUGAAACUUACAAAGCCACUCCAUCCAUUAUAAAAGCACCAAAAAUGAGUGGUAAUCCAAUCGAAAAUUUAAGAUCAGCAUUUCGAAUGUAUCGCAGAAAAGAAACGAGAGAAUGUUCAGCAUAUAUCGCUGCUUUCUUAGCUAAUUUUGACAAACCCUCCGCAGAAUCUGGCUCAGAUGAAUUCAUCCUCAAGUUAAGUCAAGAGCUCUGCGACGAAAGUCCAUCCACUGAUCCUCGUUGGCUUGACAAUUUAAAUCUUCGAGCUAAUCGUGAAGCAAUGUCUGCUUUGAUUCUGAAACAAUUAGAAGAAAAACUUGAUGUUCACCGACAGUUUCUCGAUUUUCUCAAAGUUGUUCGUAUUUGGUCUCAGCUUUCUCUUGUCAACUACAAUGGAUGUGUUUCCCCGACUAAAUUGAUUCUUUGUGAACACGAAGAGAAAAUAGUUAUGGCAAUCGCUAUUAAAAAUUUACACCAAGAGUUGGACGAUAUUUUUGAACCAGCUAUUGAUCGUUUGAUAGAUUUACGAAGAGAAGAGUCGGAAGAAUCCCACUUAUCGGCUAAUGAUCGAUUUUACCGCCAGGUAACUAAGAUUCAUGAAAUACUUCCUGUAUUAAUUCAAUUCGAAGAAGAGGAGCUUCUCGCCUGCAUGAACUCACCAAAAGAUGGCUUGAAGUUGGUUCUCACCAUAAGUGAUAUUGUCAUCAAUGUUUUCCAUGAAGUUCGCAGAUUUAAAGCCUCUAACCCUGAAUUAUAUGACAACUUGGCCGCUAAAAAUAUUGAAUAUGUACCUUUAACCGCAACUGUUGGGCCUAAUGGAAUAAGAACAUCCUUACUGAAGCAACUAGAUGUUCUGAUUAAAAACUCAACUCGGACAGACGCUGUUUUAGCUGGCCAAGAUGAUGAAACCCAAUUAAAAGGAAUCAUUUAUCAGAAAAUUGUUGAUAUUAGUGAUAUUAUUCUGGAAGGUUAUGUGAAUCAUUUGAAAACAAUUGAUGAGACUAGCGAAAGAUUCAAAUUGAUCAACAAAAGUUUUGAUGCUGACAGAACUCAAUGCAUUAAACCUCUCUUACAAGCUAAACAGUAUGAAAGAGCUUGUAGUUUGGCUGAGAAAUACCACGACUUCGAGACUUUGGUUAGAUCUUGUGAGGAGUUGGACAACAAAACGAAACUCAAUCGUUAUGUCGAGGAAUUCAAAGAGAAGGGAUUUUCCGAGUUCCUAUUCAAAUGGUAUAUGAAAGAAGGUAAACAAGGUAAAAUGUUGACCACUCGAUCACAGGACUUGUCUAAUUUCUUGAAAGAUCAUGAUGAUAUCAACUGGUUACAUUAUAUUGGAAUGGACAAGUUUAACGAUGCUGCUAACAGUUUACAAAUAUUAGCCGCAAAAACUGAUGAUAAUAUCAAUAAAAAGAAGACCUUACUCAGUCUUAGCAAAUUGUGUUUAUUAACAAAUGGUGAUCAAGAUCAAGAUCAAAUCGAGGAUAUCAACAAACAAUUGGAAGAAAUAUUAGUUGAAACAGAACUAUCUGAACAAACUGAUGAAGAUAACUUUGAUGAAUAACUUUGUAUUAUAAAAUGGUGUCUUCAAUCUAAUUUUCUUAAUCUAACCUCCAAUGUAUCCAACCUUUCAUUGUGUAAACAUCAUUUUUGUCGUAUACAGGUAUAUGUUGCUUUUAAAUUAAAAAUAAAUUAGUUUCCGACCAAUUAAAGACCAAUUUAACUGAA